UGGGGGCCCUGCAGCCGGGGGUCCUCUCCCUAUAACCUGGGCGCCCUGCAGCCGGGGGUCCGCUCCCUAUAACCUGGGGGCCCUGCAGCCGGGGGUCACGACUAUGAUACACUAUUACACUGCGCUCUGGCUGCUGAGGCGUCCCCUGAGGCCAGACAUGCGCAGUCUGCGGCCUAGAAUGGCCGCCGCCAUCUUGAAGGCUGGAAGCAGUGGACUGCGCCUGCGCCGCUUUGUGUCGUCACUUCCGCUUCGGUGCGCCCCUCAUAGAGCUGUGUGAGAGCAGCGGUAGAUCGUCGUCAUGUUCCCGGGCUGGCCUCCCCGUUACGCUGGCUCGCCCGGUCCCCCGGCUCCGGCCCCGGCCUUCCAGAGCCUCCGGGACCAGCACUUGGCCCAGCUCGAGCAGCUCCAGCGCAUGCACCAGCGGCAGCUAGAGACGGUUCUUCCUGCGGGGGCUCCUCCGCGACCCUACUUCACCCCCCCGCGCCCGCCGGCUCCGUACCCCUUCCCCCCACCACCGCCCUAUGGACACACCGUUCCGCCGCCCGACUACCAGCAACCGCUGGCCCCUCCGGAGCCCGAGCAUCCUCCGCCGCCGCCCGCCCCCGACCAGCCCCCGCCGCCGCCCGCCCCCGACCAGCCGCCGCCGCCCCCUCCCCUGCCCUCCUCCGAGGGGGGGCCCCCCCAGGAGACAAACUCUGCCACACUGGAGGAGCAGCAGCAGUAUUACUACAAGCAGCAUCUCCUGAGUCUGCAGCAGAAAUCCAAGAAACGCUUGAAUGAGGCGACUGCUCCGGAAGCUCCGCAGAGUGCCCCCCACCCAUCUGCAGGACAUGCUCCACCCCCUCUGGAGCCACCCCCAGUGGAUACGGCUCCGCCCCCCGCACUGGACACCACGCCAAGCAUGAACCUGACGGAGGACCCGGAGCAGGCGCUGCGGCUGAAGACCCUGCAGGAGGCGGCAGCGCACUGGCAGCAGCAUGAGCAGCAUCGCUUGGGCUUCCAGUAUCAGGGCAUCAUCCAGAAACACAGCGCAUUGCAGCAGCUGCUCCAGCGGUGUCAGCAGCUCUUAGUGGAUCCCCCACACCUUGCUGCGCUGUCUGUGGACGUGCAGCUGCAGCACUACGAGAUGCAGCACAAACAGUUCUUGCCUCUUCACCAGGAGUGGGAGAGUCAGUUUAAAAAGUGGCAGGAGUUACUGCAGACAUACCCUCACAAGGACCAGCUGCAGGACUACCACGUCCAGUGGACAUCGUGGCAGGCACACAUGAAAGCCAUCAAAUCUCAGCUGAAGGAGAAAGUGACUUCUCUGAAAAGUUUGAAGCAGCAGUAUGGGGGCAACCAUUACAUUGCUGUUGUACCUCAGUACCCUACGUAUCCUCAAGUCAUGCCACCUUCUGUACCCCCAGGAAUAAGCAUACCACCCCCAUUUUCGGCAUCCCAAAUAUAUAGCACAGUUCCCCCUCCUCCCCUACCUACUGCUCCCACAACAACUUAUCCUGAAGCUGCUCCUCCUCCUCUGCCCCCCGUGGCUGCACCUCCAUUGCCUCCUGCGGCGAGUGCUCCGCCGCCUCUACCACCAGUUAGCUCUGCUUCUGUGGAUGCAGUGCAACCACCUUUACCGCCUGACAACACAGACAGCACUGAGGCAGCUGCACCUCCGCCUUCAGUGUCGAGCACUGCUCCACCACCUGAGAAGACAAAUUCCAUCCCCCAGCUUCUGCCAUCUUCUGGAGCUAGCUGCUCUGCACCUGCUCCCUCUCCUGUAGAGACAGACUCUUCUGGGGAUAAAGGUCUUGCUCCAGGCCUUUCCUAUCAGGCACAGCAAGCUCUGAGGAAUGCCAGGCCUUCCACAUAUAUGCCUCUAAAUGCCCCAUCUUAUCCUCAUAAACACCUGCCAGAGUUACCAACCACAGAUCGUUGCAGUUCUCAGUCAGUGGAGAAACUUCCUGAACCAACAGAUGUGAACUCCAAACCUUUAAUGUUUUCAUCUGACAAGGAUACGGCACCCUCUGCUCCGCCAUCAACCCAUCCAGUGAACCCAGCAGGGUCGAGGUUUUCUGGUCCAGGCUGUGGGCCUCGAUCCUCAAGAUUUCACGCACCUGAAGAAGGACAGUUUCCAGGUCCCAGGGAUUCACUUGGAUUUCAAGGUCCUCGUCCAUUUCUUGAUGGAAAGCACUUUCAGGGCUCUGGUUUCGGUUCUGCCAGUGAUGCUUUCCAAGGUCAGAACCAGCCCUUUUCCAAGGAGCAGCUUGCUGGAUCUGCCCCAGACUUGGGAGGAGCUGACAAAUCCAUGCACAGUUUAGAGCCUGGUGUCCAUGUACAAACUCCACAGAAACAAACUUGGGAACGAGGUGAAGGUAGUAGGGAGGUUGGAAAAUGGGAGGAAGUUCAAGGACCGUUUCCUGGAAAAAAGUGGGAUGAGCAGCAGACUGUGCCUCCACACAGAUGGGACCAGCCAGAAGAACCUUUGCACCAGACAUGGGACAGACCUGUGGUUCCCCAGGAACGCAGUUGGGACAAGACUGCUGUAGACAAAUGGGACAAAAAAGGCAACAAUUUUUCUGGUAGGAUGGGCAGAUCUGAAGGUCUUACUCAGGAAAAUGUAGAUGACAAACCAGGCAGGCAGGGUUUAGACAGUAGUGACACUAUCUCAAGGGACAUCAGAAAUAAACCUGAAAGUUCUCAUUUUGGCAGACAAGAUAAGCAAGUGGGCAGUAAGUGGGGGGAAGUUCCUGACAACUGGAGUGCCUCAGACCCCCAGCAUGAUAGAUGGAGUGGCCCUGAUAGAGUACCUCAAGAUAGGUGGAGCAGCGCAGAGAAUACUCCAGACAGUUUUAGUGAUGCUGGUGGUCCUUGCCCUGAUGGGGUUAGAAAUCGUGAGGGACCUCCAGUAGAUAGAUUUCAUUUUCAUGAAGCUCCCUUCCAUGGUCCAAAUCUCUUCAGGUUUGGUGCUCCAGAGAAUGCGUCCCCUGGAAGAGCCCGAUUUCCUGGUGGACCUCAUCGUGGUAGGUUUAUCGCUCCAGAGGGCAUAAACCGGGAUAGAUUUGACCAUUCUGAGGGACCUACUAGGGUCAGGUUUGGUGGUCCGGAAGGUGGGCAUCAAGAUCGGUUUAGCUGUCCAGAAGAUCAUCCUAGAGAUCUUAAUGAAGGCCAGAAUUUCCCACCACCUAGGAACAGCUUUGGUGGCCCUAAGCUUCCUGCAGACACAUAUAGAGGUUAUGAUCUUCCACCCACAUCAGAACAAUUUGGUCCUGACUGUGGGUCUCGUGAUGAAUGGGGCUUUCAUGAAGAGCUUGACCGUUUUGGUAGUGCAAAUAACCCACAGGACAGUUGGGUAGGUAAAAGGACCCAAUUUAGUAAGGGCACUGGUAGACCAGAAUGGCAUCCUGAGGGUAGUAUGAAGGAGGGUAGACUUUCUUUGCCUGUGGAUGCUUCUCGUGAUGCUAAAGGUGGGGAGAAGUGGGGAAAGUUUGGAUUUGCUCCUAAAGACCAAAAGAGUCAUGAAAGUUUACCGCAAGACAGCAGGGCUGACAAGGAAAUGCCACCUCAUGAUGUUAAAGUGAAAAGUGAUGAGCACAGUGGCCCCAAAGUUCCAGCUGGCACCUUCCACAGCCAGUUCCAUGGGAGCGACCUGAGCUUUAAGGUUACUAGUGCUGAGUUAGGGAAAACUAAAGGCGACAUAGAGACUGAAAAUGUUGACAAAGCUUCAAAAGACAGCAUCUCUUCAGUACAAGGACCACCUCAGAUGGUCAGACCAGCUUCUCCUACAAGCCAGACAGCUGCUGAAACUACAGAGUCCAUUCUAACUAAAAGUGAGGCUUCAAUAUUUCCCAAAACACUUUCUGUUCAGUCACAUGAAAAAGAUGUAUCUGCUCCUGGCAAUAAAAUGGUCUCUCGAGCUGAGGUGUCUACUCCUGUGACUAGUGCUGAUAAGAUGAGUGGGCCCCAAGAAUCUAUUUCUUCAAAAGUGCCUGCUGUUUCAAGGCUUCCCGCACCAGAGGCUAAAAAAAACAAUGUCCCACAGGUUCCUAUCACGAAUAAAACUGCUCAGAUGCCUGUUCCUACAAAGCCUAAUGAGACCCAAGUGUCCUCUGAUGGUUCAGCUGACCUUCUGGCUCCUACUGCUCAACAUGACCCUCUAUCAACAUUCUCUUCUCAGUCUGCUGGACCAGAAGCUCCUGCCAUCAGAACUGGUGCCCCCAGUAUGCCCACCCCUGUUAUGUUUGAGGUGCCUCAAGCCCCUCCUUUUGUCAGAGCUGGGGCACCUCAGAUUUCUGCUCCUUUGAAGCCUGGAGCUCCUCAGGCUGCCUUUCCUAUCAGGCCAGGAAUGCCUCGGGGACCUCCUCCAAUCAGACCUGGGCUUCCCCGAGCUUCAUACCCUGUCAGACCUGGAUCUCUUCGGCCCCCUCCACCUGGUGCUCCUUGGGCUUCUCCCUCCAUUAGACAAACUAUUCCAAAGAUUUCUCCCCCAGUCAGGCCAGGACAGGUCAGAGGAAUGCGCCCGGUUAGGCCUGUUGCACCAAGGAUGCUGCCCCCUGUUAGACCUGGUGAAUUUCAGACACCUAUUUCUGAUGAUGAAUUCAAUGUCGAAGCUCCCCAAAAUGAAGAUAGUCUGUAUGAGCAACCUAUAGUUGCAGAUCCAAGGGCACAAUCUUUUUAUAAAGGGGGUGAUCUUGGUACAUCAAUGAAUGAACCACAAUUUGAGCCAGACCAUGAUCCCAUUAUGGAAAGAAAUAAGUUUCCCAGAUUGUCUGUCCCAGAAGGUCAUCAUGGGAAUGUCAGGCAAAAUUUUCCCAUUCAGGACAUGGACAGUAUUGAAAGCCCUCAUGACCAGGAGUCUGCAAGACCAGGUAGUUUUAGAGAGUAUGAGAUGUCGGAUGAGUGUGAGUAUUAUCCAGAUGAUUUCCCCACUCAAGGUCCAAGGAAAGGGAACUUUGAGCCAAGAUUUCAGCCUCCAUCCAGGGGGCGUUCAAGGGGAUUUAUUCAUGAGAGACUUCCACCCAGACCAGGAGGUCGAGAACUAAUGCAUGUUCCAAGUGAUAGAGGUUAUGAGUGCAGUGACCCAUUUUUAGAAGAGAGACUACCGUUUAGAGAGGGCACAGAUGACUUGCCACCUUUUGAUCGUGAGGCAUUCCGUGCACAGCCUAGGAUUUUUGAGAGGGAAAGGUUUUUAGAUCCUUUCAUAGAGGAUCGAAGGAGGGACCUCCCUGUUGAAGGGCCAAGAAGUGAGAACUGGGAAAGGGAACGAUACUGGCGGGAUCAUGAAGCAGAGUUUGCCAGAGACCCAUAUUUCAGGGAAGAACGACUCCCUUUGCCCGUUCCUUCUCUGCCUCGUGAUUUAGACGUUAGAUGUGACCCUUGGGUUCGGGAGAGGAAUUUAGAUAGGGAAAGCUAUUUUGACAGAGCUGAAAGACGGUAUUUAUAUGAUGACCUUGGUAGAGACUUUGCCAGGAUACCAGAAGAUCUUGAUCUUCCUCUAAGGGAGAGAGACUGGCAGCCUUCUCGGCGGCCAUUGUCGCCACGUCGCCCUUUCUCCCCAGUUCAGACACGUUCAUCGUUACCACCUCUUCCACCACUUGACAGCUACCUGGAAGAAAGAUGGAGGCUAGACCGAGAUCUUGCAGACAGAGAUUUUCGUGAACGCUUGGAGCUCCGGAUUCGGGAGUACCCAGACGUUUCUUUGUGGCGUGAGGACAGAAAGCAUACAGAGUUUCCAGACAAUCCAAGUGUAGAACCCAGAGAUGGCCAGUGGCAUCCAUCUGAAAGAGUAAUGGAGGAAGGAAGGAAUCUGCUACCAGCUCAGUCAGCUCCAGAACCGGUUGGGCUUCCUGGACCAUCCACCGUUGUGGACUCUGACCCUGCUGCCCCUGGUGUGGUUGCACUGAGCCAGAGACAACACGAGAUCAUACUGAAGGCUGCUCAGGAGCUGAAGAUGCUUCGGGAGCAGAAAGAACAGCUGGACAAUCUGAAGAAUUUUUUCAGUGAUACAAAACCAUCUGAUCCAAUGAAACCCAUGACGGAGCCAUUACAGUCGGAGGUCUUACAGAUGCCCCCAGGCGGGGAGAGUGGCGUGCGGCCAUCUGCUAGUGGCAGAGGAGCUGCAGAGCACUGGGAUGAAGACUCCUUCAGCGGUCUUUGGGAUGAAGAACGACAAGCGGGUCAUUCUGCAAACCUUCCUGUUGGGUCCAAACUGUCAGGAAUUCAGCAGACUGUGGACUACGCACACGGGAGAGAUCUCACAGUGGGCAAAGUGGAGCAGACCCCCUAUGGAGAGAGAGUGGUGUUGUUGCCUGAACCUUCAUUGGAGAGGGGUGCUUCUUCAUUUCCAAAAGACUAUUUGAUUGAUUGCUAUGACCGAGACCUCAGGGACCAGGAUCCAUACUUUGAAAGGCAGAGUAGUAAGCACCUGGACCGUCGGGGCUAUGAACGCGAGAGAGAGCGGGAUCGUACAGAUACGCACAGGGACCGAGGAGACCAUGACCGAGAGCGCUUUGACCGUGAUCGUCACUCACGUGAAGACAGGUCCUCGUCUUAUCGGGAUAAAGAUGGCUCAAGUCGUCGUAGUGGUACUGACAAACCCUCCUAUGAGCGAAAGCCAGAGCGGUCAUCCUACGAGGCACCACCACCUGCAUUUGGAGCCGCUCGUAGGCCUUACCCAGAAGAGAGGGCGGCGAUUCCUCCCCCUGCGCCCCUUCCUCCAGAGAAAAAGCCAGAGACUAAAAAUGUGGAUGACCUUCUGAAGAAGCCGGGCCGUGGCACAAGACCUGAGCGGAUUGUCGUUAUCAUGAGAGGUUUGCCUGGAAGUGGAAAGACGCACGUUGCCAAGCUGAUCAGGGAUAAAGAGGUGGAGUGUGGGGGAUCUGCUCCUCGAGUCCUCAGCCUUGAUGACUAUUUCAUGACUGAAGUAGAGAAGACUGAGAAAGAUCCAGAGUCUGGCAAGAAAGUAAUAAGAAAGGUUAUGGAAUAUGAGUAUGAAGCAGAAAUGGAGGAUACUUACCGCAGUGGCAUGUUAAAGACCUUCAAAAAGACCCUGGAUGACGGCUUCUUCCCAUUCAUCAUCCUGGACAGUAUCCAUGACCGUGUGCGGCACUUUGAGCAGUUCUGGAGCGCAGCCAAGACUAAAGGAUUUGAGGUUUACUUGGCGGAAAUCUCUGCAGACAUUCAGACGUGUGCCAAGAGAAACGUGCAUGGACGCAAGCUGAAGGAGAUUAAUAAGAUGGCUGAUAACUGGGAGCCGGCUCCACGGCACAUGAUCCGUCUGGAUAUCCGCUCUCUGCUUCAGGAUGCCGCCAUUGAAGAGGUUGAAAUGGAGGAUUCUGAACCGAGUGCUGAGCCGGAUCAAGACGUGAAGAAGGAAGCUCUGGAUGAGGAGGAGAGCGAGCGGGGAUAUCUUCCGAAAAGCAAAUGGGAGAUGGACACCUCAGAAGCUAAACUUGAUAAACUAGACGGCUUAAAGACGAGGAAGCGCGACUGGGGGUCAAUGGCCGGCUGCAUGGAAGAUUACCUGCAACUUCCAGAUGACUACGACUCCCGGGAGUCUGCGCCUGGGAAGAAACGGGUGAGAUGGGCAGAUCUGGAGGAGAAGAAGGAUGCCGACAGGAAGAGGGCCAUUGGCUUUAUUGUUGGCCAGACAGACUGGGAGAAGAUCACAGAUAAAAGUGGGCACCUGGCGGCGCGAGCUCUGAACCGCACCAAGUAUAUUUAAUACCUCCCGAUGAGAAGAUUUCUCGGCUGAUUGCGGUGCCCGUGGCCCCCGUAGUCCUUCAGUUGUCGUCUGUGCUCGUGGUCUUUUAUAUUGUGUUUUACUUUCCUGUUCUCAGUGUGAAAUAAAUGAGCUUUGGACUGAGACUCUUUA